UGCACUGUUUCUCAUGCUGGAGGGAGGGAUGCAGUAGGAUAAAACACUGUCCUUUUGAUCGCUCUCCUCAGUCUUUUCUGCAUUAUAUUUAUAUUGUUUAUUUCCACUUCACCAUUCUUCAAAAACAAGUAAGCAAAAUGAAAGCAAGUCUUGUGACCGAGUGGAUAAUUGCUGGGCUCCUUUGGCUUUGUGCGAGUAUUUUUGCUUCUGCUGAAAGAUCUAUCCUCACCGAUCAUUUUUUGGUUGACAUACACAGUGGGGGAGAUACAGAGGCCAACCAACUUGCUGCAGAAUAUGGCUUUGCUGGGGCUAGGAAGCUACCUUUUGCAGAAACACUAUACCAUUUCUAUGGCAACGGCAAAUCAAAAUCCAGAAGAAAACGUAAUGUUCUAAAUAAAAAACAUUUGGCGAUGGAUGCAAAGGUAAAGAAAGUUAUUCAACAGGAAGGCUUUGACAGACAAAAGCGUGGAUACAGGGACAUCAAUGAUAUUGAUAUUAAUAUGAAUGAUCCUUUAUUUACUAAACAAUGGUAUCUGAUCAACACAGGUCAAGCAGAUGGGACUCCUGGACUUGACUUAAAUGUAGCGGAAGCUUGGGAGAUGGGAUAUACAGGGAAAGGAGUUACCAUAGCAAUUAUGGAUGAUGGCAUUGAUUAUCUUCAUCCAGAUCUUGCCUCAAAUUAUAAUGCAGAGGCAAGUUAUGACUUUAGCAGCAAUGAUCCGUACCCAUAUCCCCGAUAUACAGAUGACUGGUUUAACAGCCAUGGAACGAGAUGUGCAGGAGAAGUAUCUGCGGCAGCAAACAAUAAUAUCUGUGGCGUGGGAGUUGCUUAUAAUUCAAAGGUUGCAGGAAUUAGAAUGUUGGACCAGCCAUUUAUGACAGAUAUUAUUGAAGCAUCAUCGAUAAGUCACAUGCCGCAGGUGAUCGAUAUAUAUAGUGCCAGCUGGGGUCCCACUGAUGAUGGUAAAACUGUUGAUGGCCCAAGAGAACUAACAUUACAGGCUAUGGCAGAUGGUGUUAACAAGGGCCGUGGUGGAAAAGGAAGUAUUUAUGUGUGGGCCUCUGGAGAUGGUGGAAGUUAUGAUGACUGCAAUUGCGAUGGGUAUGCAUCAAGCAUGUGGACUAUUUCUAUUAAUUCUGCCAUUAACGAUGGUCGAACUGCACUAUAUGAUGAAAGCUGCUCUUCAACAUUGGCCUCCACAUUCAGUAAUGGCAGAAAAAGAAAUCCUGAAGCCGGUGUCGCAACAACUGACUUAUAUGGAAAUUGUACUUUGCGUCAUUCUGGAACAUCUGCAGCAGCACCAGAAGCAGCUGGAGUAUUUGCCUUAGCGCUGGAAGCUAACCCAAACCUAACCUGGAGGGACUUGCAACACCUUACAGUCCUGACUUCAAAAAGAAAUCAGCUUCAUGAUGAAGUUCACAAAUGGCGUAGGAAUGGUGUUGGCUUGGAGUUUAACCACCUAUUUGGCUAUGGAGUUCUCGAUGCUGGUUCAAUGGUGAAAAUGGCUAUUGAUUGGAAAACUGUUCCUGAGAGGUUUCAUUGUAUUGGAGGAUCAAUUCAAGAACCAAGGAGCAUCCCUUCAAAUGGAAAGUUAAUCCUUACACUGACAACAGAUGCUUGUGAAGGAAAGGAAAACUUUGUUCGUUAUCUUGAACACGUUCAAGCAGUUAUAACUGUGAAUUCUACAAGGCGAGGAGACUUGAAUAUUAAUAUGACAUCUCCAAUGGGAACUAAGUCUAUUUUAUUAAGCCACCGUCCUAGAGAUGAUGAUUCAAAAGUGGGUUUUGAUAAAUGGCCAUUUAUGACCACACAUACAUGGGGAGAAGAUCCAAGAGGGACUUGGGUUCUUGAAAUAGGUUUUGGUGGGAACAGACAAGAAAAAGGUGUAUUGAAGGAAUGGACUCUUAUGUUGCAUGGAACUCAAAGUGCCCCCUAUAUAGACCAAAUAGUUAGGGAUUAUCAGUCAAAAUUAGCAAUGUCUAAGAAAGAAGAGCUGGAAGAUGAACUGGAUGAAGCCGUUGAAAGAAGUCUAAAGAGUAUUUUAAGCAAGAACUAAUACUAUCCUGCAUGCCUGUCUUAAAAAAUCUUUUUACGAUUUUUCUGCAUAUCUUUAUAUCACCUAAAUUUCUGUAUUAGAUAUAAUUGCUUCUCUGAAUCAUGAAUUUAUAGCCAUUUAUUCCUUUAUUUAAAAUCAAAUAAAUAAAUAUAUAUUUUUGCAGUGAAACCCCAAAUGCCAAUAAGUAAAAUUCAAAAUGUAUGAUCUGUUACAGUGUAUUUUUUCUACAAAUUAUUCUACUUAAGUUAUUAUUAUUUAUAGUUCAGUGAAUAAGUGGGUAUAAUAUUUGUGUUGUAAACUUGGAAAUAAUUUACCCAAUAUAACUGAAAAUUUUGAUAUUAAGAAUUAACUAGCCCAAAUAUGUUUUGUUUGCCAGUUAUACAAUAAAAACUAAUAGAAUAGUUUAAAGAUAUGAGUUUCAUAUGAACAUUUUGGGAAUAUAAUAUUUAAGUAUUAAAGCACAAUAUUUAUAUUUCCUUUUAUAUUCAAUUAUAAUUAUGGAAGUAAAUUUAGUAAAUUUCACAUUUUACAUGU